AUGAGUGUGGAUCCAGCUUGUUCCCAGAGCUCACCUUGCCCUGAAGCAUCCAGUUCUAGGGAACCUUCGCCAGUGCCUGAUAUUUAUGGGCCGGAAGGAAAUUAUGCAUCCUUGCAAAUGUCAUCUGCUGAGACACUCAACACGGAGACUGUUUCUCCUCUUCCUUCCAACAUGGAUCUGCUUAUUCAGAACAGCCCUGAUUCUUCCACCAGUCCCAACAUUAUCCUACCCACUUUCGUAGAGAACAGCACAGUGAAGAAGGAAGAGAAGGUCCAGAUCAAGAAGCAGAAGAUCAGAACUGUCUUCUCACAGACCCAGCUCUGUGUGCUCAACGAGAGAUUUCAGAGACAGAAAUAUCUCAGCCUCCAGCAGAUGCAGGAACUUUCCAACAUCCUGAACCUUAGCUACAAACAGAUUAAAACCUGGUUCCAGAACCAGAGAAUGAAAUGUAAGAGAUGGCAGAAGUACAACUGGCCAAAGAAUAGCAACUGCGCAAUGCGGAAGGGCUCAGCAACAACAGAGUACCCGGGGCUCUCUUCCUGUCACCAGGGAUGUCUGGUGAAUGCUUCUGGUAACCUUUCCAUGUGGAGCAACCAGACCUGCAGUAACCCAACUUGGAGCUACCACUCCUGGAACAGUCAGACCUGGUGCCCCCAAGCCUGGAACAACCAGGCCUGGAACAACCAGCUCUACAGCUGUGGAGAGGAAGCCCUGCAGCCCCAGAUCCAGUUCCAGCAAAACCGUCCUGUAAGUGAUUUGGAGGCCACCUUGGAAAUGGCUGGGGAAAGCUAUGAUGUAAUACAACAAAUCCCCAAGUAUUGUAGUGUCCAGCAAACCAUGGAUUUAUUCCCAAAUUACUUUAUGAACGUACAGCCUGAAGAUGUGUGA